AUGGACAGGUAUGAGGCAGAGACGUGGGCCGAUACAAAGGCGCGCGUCCAGGCAUGGCCAGACUGUGCAGAGAAGUUUGCCCGUCUGCUCAAAGCAACCUUGCAAGGAUUGGUUUCACACAGAGACAGAGCCAGAGGCACGACAGCGGAGGACACGGGCGCCACAGACGCGGACAGGGGCAACCAUCAUCGUGCAGAUGAGGACGCGGGCACUGAGCUGCACCGGCACCUGGACGCCCUCGAGGCAAGGCUUGCUGGCGAGGAAAAGCACAUUGUACAGAAGGACGCGCAAGCGAUGGCCAUUCUAGUUCGCGUGCGCAGCCACAUCUCACAGCGCAGCACGUGGGCCGAGGCGCUCAGGGAGUGCAACCAGCUCAUUCGCAAUCACCUCGCACCCUUUGACAUCCCUUUCACCAUCCACCUCAUCGAGCAGAGCCGCAUCCACGCCAGACGCAUUGCCAUGCAGGACAUUAUUGUCUUUCUGGGCAACUCAGGGGCAGGCAAGACCACCACCCUCUUGUACUGGUCUGGGUGUCGCAUGCACGUUCGCAGCGACAAGGCAAUUCGUGACAUUGGCCCGGAUGCCCACCAGGUCCCCGACGGGUUUCGUGUGAACGGCAACCCAGAAUCGGAGACCGCGUUCGUUCGCAGCACCCCUGUCCUGGAACACAUCAUCAGUGAGCUUGACCUGGACUCGGAUAUGAAACACCUCGACCUCCUCGACACCCCUGGUUUCAUGGACAGCAGAUCGAUUGAGGCCGACGUGGCCAACCAGGUCGGCAUCUUGCAUGCGCUCUCAGUGUGCAGAUCAUGUCGCCCCGUGAUUGUGCUCUCGAAGAAUGGCGGCAGCAACCGCGAGCAGUGGCUGCAAUCCAUUCCUGCCGCCCUCAACCUCUUCAAGGAACCCCACGCAGCCGCAAGACGCUUUUCUUUUGCAUUCACACACUACAGUGAUGACGACUAUGAUGAUGAUGAUGAUGACGAUGAUGACACACAGGCGUCAGUGAGCGACACCACCUCGUGUCUGGAGAGGGCGAAGCGGGAGCUCAAUGCAACGCUGAAUUGCCUGAUUGAGCAGCGCCGUGGCCAGGUCGCCUCCGAUGCCGUCACUGCAGCACUGCAAACUGCGCACAGCAGCUUGAACCACCACGACCAACAAGAGCAUCCACCCCUCAUUAUUCGGCCUGCACGCGCAGACAAGAAGGUGAUUGCGGCGCAGCUCAAGCACGUCCUCGAUCGAAGAUCGUUUAGCCCAGCGCACGUGCGCUCGAAACUCGACCUCUCUGGCACGCAGACGUGGCAGCACAUCACAACCCACACGGACGCGGUGUGCGCGUGCGUGCGUGCAGCACUAACACACGACAACAUGGACCUUGUGGUCUUUCGCCUCCAACAGAUCACCGACCUCAUGCACAACAUCAACGGCAAUCACCACCACCACCACCACCACCACCACCAGCAUCGCCAGCACAACCAACAUCAGCAGCACCAACACGUUUCACACGCAACACUGCCUGCGGAGGACACGCCGACCAGCGCGCACAUGCGCCGUGCCGUCUGCGCCGUGUAUGCAGUCGUCAAGCAGCACCUGACCAAGCUCGUGCACAGGGAUCGGCUGCUCGACGCCGUGCGCGACCAGGCAACGGCUGCCAUACCUGACCACCUCCUCAGCGACAUUGCAUGGGCUUCACGUGUCCUGGCCAGACUGCGGAGAGAUGUGCCAGACAUUGACAUGGAUGGCGUGAACAUGAACGAGCUGACACGCGCGCUCAGUGACGCCGUCGCCGAAGCAUCCGCCACAGCCGUGGCCACGCUGAACGAUCUGGGCACUGCAGCCAAUAUGCAGCAUGCGCGUAUUCUCAACCAGCUCAACAAGCUGCUGCAGCUCGCACACAAGGUCAACACAGUCCCCAAUAUCCACACCACCAUCACCGCCCACGACGUGAGAGCCAGCAACGCCCCUUUGCAGGGCAGCGAGGCACAACCCGCUUCCACAACAACAGCAGCAUCAACAGCAACGACAGUAGCAACAACAACGCCACAGCGUAUGCGCCCAAGCGACUACUACGAGCAAGCGUCCAUCGAGCUUGCACAUCGCUUGCAAGCACAGAGUGGUGAGGUGCUCACCAGACUCAAAUCGCUCGUGGGAGCGCAUGUCGCUCGCGUGGACGGCACCACCAACAACACCAUCCAUACUGCAGACGCUGGCCGUGAUGUCGAUGCAAGCAGCCACACUCUCGCCAACAACAGCAGCGACACCAACAGCAGCACCACCACUACCACCAGCAGCACCAGCAGCAGCAGCAGUACACGUCAUAGUGCCAGCACGGCCUCCUCACAAACAACCACGGCGCCACCAACACCACCGGUACUGGCACAAGCACCGCUGUCGGAUUCAUUCCCACGCGUUGGUGAUGAUAUCUUGGCGCUGAUGAACAGCGUGCGGGCCCUGUCCGCCCACUUUGACUUGAUCAUCAAGGAGGAUGCGCUGGUGCUGGCUGGCGUGCAGCUUUCGCCAACCACCAACGUGCAAGCCAGCGAAGAGGCGCAAAGCAGUGGCACCACCACCACCGACAACGACAACGACAACAACAACAACAACAACAACAAAACAGGCAACAGCAGCAGCAGUGGCAGCAGCAGCAGUGAAGCAUCAACAGUGCAAAAUCGUGACGAUGGCGGGGCCAGGGAAGCUGUCGCUCACUUGUGGGAGCCGGCGUUUCACGACGCUCUGCAACAGCCCGUCAUCACAGCAGUGCAGCAGCUACAGCGGCGAUUGAGGACAGCCAUGCCAGAUGACGCAACACGCAAGCACCUUGCGGCAGUGCUGGAGGUGCUGGAUAGGGUUGAGCGCACGCCUUCACUGCUUCAGGUCCUGACCGGCGCGUUCCUCAAACAGCAGCGUGAAGCCGUUGUGGAAGCGUGCAAGCAUCAUCUUGGUGCUGUGUGUGACAACCUACGGCAGCGAUGCGAGGGUCAGGAUGCACGCGUGCUACCUGCAGUGUCGCAAAUUGUGCGGCACAUUGACAGCGUGUGCGCUCUGUUUCAGGGGCAGCCGUUGGCGAUUCAGCUGAACACGUUCUCGCACGCAGCCCAAGACCACGUCAGCAGCAUCCUUGCGCGCACCCAGCGCAUGGUUGUCGAGAUCAUCGCUGGCACUGUUGGUGACAUUGGAGGCGCGUUCGACCCCGCUGACGCGAUGGGCGAUGCGCACGCCCACAACACCGCAGCGACUGAUGGUGGCCGGAACAGCGGUGGAGAUUCUCCGGACAGCAGUCAAGCGCAAGAACCGCGGCGCCAGCGCGGCUUCGGCCAGACCCUCAAGAAAUUAAUGUGGUGGAGAACGCACAGUAUCGAUGAAGACGGCAACUUACACCAGCAGCAAGAAGCCGAUGCUGGUGCAAUGGGGGAUGGCGCCGAUACUAGCGACACCGAUGCUGUCACAGGCAACGCCAGCUCCCCGCUACAGGCGUUACACGGCCUGAACCAGCAGGUGGACGGAACGCUGGUGUUUGUCAAUGCGCUCCUGGGUCCGUUGCGUGACGGCACGUUGAGCGUGCCCUCCUCCAUGAAAAGCUCCGUGGAUGCCACGCUGGCUCGCAUCGAAACCGACAUCCACUGGCACUACAGCCAGGUGCUGUCACGUCUGCCAACUGCCCAGAUCAUGGACGCUGUUGUUUCCAUCGGACCUCACCUGACCUUCGUCUCCGCGGCAACGUGCCUCAACUUGCAAGCCAUCGCAGAUGCCCGCGAGCAGCUGAUGCAACGCGUCAGCUCGUUGCUGCAGGGGCAACGGCGUGCGCUUUGGGAGAUCAUGCGACAAAACGCCGUGAACGCGGCCACAUCUACAGUUGCAGGCAGGCCAGCAACCGAAGCCGCAAGCAGACCAGCAGAGGCAGACGCGGGCUCAGGCGAAGCACGCAACAUGGGCCCUGAUUCCGCGACUGCACCAAAUCCAAGCGUCAACGCAACGCCUUCACCACAAGCAUCAACAGCAACAACAACAGCAGCAGCAGUAGCAGCAACUCCGGUUUGGCACACCCUGGGUCUUCGCUUCCAGAGCCCCAGCCAACAGACCAACUUGUUGCGUUUGCUGGACAACAGCGCACGGCUCGUUCUCGCGUGCAUGAGAACCCAUGUCCACCGAUACGUCACGCAUGUUCAUGAGCUGGCCACUGAUGUGACAAGCUGUGCGGUGAUGCUCGCCGAGCACCACGCAGACACAAUUUGCAGCCGAUUCAGGGCCCUGCAGCACUUUCCAUCCUCCCAGCCGUCGACCACGACGCCAACAGCAGAAACAAUUACAAUUGCACCGAAAGAACAUGCAGCGGCUGUCGCACCACGCCAUGACGGCAGUGGUGGAACAGCCAGGGAUCACGACCGGACAUGGCGUGCGCAGCUGAAAAACCGUGUGUCUGAGGCACAGCGGGCGUUGGAGCUGCUGGAUGCGCGCCAAAGCUGGCCCCUCGUGUUUCACCUCAUGUGCGGGGGUGCACUUGAUGACCCGUUCACCAUGCGCGCGUUUGGAGCACACCGUGAUGUUGACGAACGCACCAGACCGUGGCCUGAUGGUCGCGGCGCAUCUGCUGUUGCUGGCGACCGGGAUCUGCUUGCUGGCAGUGGUGGCGGCGGUGGCGGAACAAGCCCGCUGCAUCGUGGGCGCAUGGAGGUGCAGCGCCAACUGCAGGAGAGAGCAAGCGAAUGUGCGAGUCUCAUCCUCCACGAACGUCUGUGUGCUUUGUAUGGCCAGAAGGAAGCGCUUCAGCACCUCGCCCACUUGGACAGCGGCCUGCUGCCCUUUCUUGGCCCAAACGCCGUUGCAUCUGUGCUCAUGCAGGCGGAUGCGCCUGCUGUUGGACUUCAUGGAGACGAGUCGCGCCCGGCACUGUUCACAAGCCUGCGCAGGCACGUGUGCCAGGAGCUGGAUGCUUUCAUCGACGCGAGGAGCAUGCGCUUGAAGCAGGCGCUGCGAGCCCCCCAUCUGAUGCCGUCGCUGCUGCAGAGCUGCUGGCACGAUAUCAACGCCCACCCCAACCUGUGGCCCGACGUGCGCAAGCAAGAGCUGCAAGACGCCGUGAUGGCAGAAGCGGACCGUGUGGUGCAGGAGAUCAAGGCCCCGAUGGGCGUGCUGCUGGGUGCUGACAAUACCAGUGCGAGCAACAUCGCUGACGACGCGGCAAGGGACACGCGAGAAGCUGCAUCACGAGUUGAGGCGCAUCUCAAGCGGCUGGAUGGCCUGGCCAGUCUUGCACACCCGCAGACCCGUGAUGAAAAUGCUGGCAACGGCAGUGGUGCUGGUGAUAGCAAUGCUGGCAGUGAUGUCCGUGAUGUUGACAACGACGACACUGCUGGCAGCAACAAGGGUGGUCACGACAACAGUGAUGAUGACAACAACAAGGGUGGUCACGACAACAGUGAUGAUGACGACAACAAGGGUGGUGAUGCGGCUCCAACUGACACCCAUCACCAAACCAAUCACGACACCUCCACGUCCACUACCAUUGCCACCACCACCACCAGUAGCAACGAGAAGGCUGCCACGGGCACAGCCCGUCGCCGUGCUGUAGUGGCUCCGUUGCUGACGCGGGCAGGGGAGGACAAGCUGCAGAGUGAGCUGCACCGGCUGCGAUACGAGCUUGCGCAUGCCAUUGAGCGCCAACUGAACCACGUGGACGACCUGCUGGAUGUGUGCGAUUUCCGCUGCGCGCGCGAGUGGCUGGGCAUCAUUGGCGAGUGUGUCAUGCUGCUGCCGCCUGCAGCACAGACCGCUGGUGCACGGUACGCACGCGAGCACUGGCAGGCAAAGUGGAGGGAGCGAAGCGUGGAACAGAAGCAAGAUCGCGCCCUGACGGAGAUGAGAGAUAUGGGGCUGACACGCCUGUGCUCAUCGUCAUUGCUGCACAGUCUCCCGCACCAGACCAAGCAGUGGAAGGAGCGGGUGUGUGAGAAAGCGCUGCGGAUGCUGGUGGUCCAUUGCACGGCGCUGCAGCAGCGUGACGUGACAGAUGUGCGACAGAGUGACAUGGACGUGUUUGAUGCGCUUGCUCAACACCUGCCCCAGCACCAACGCAGCACUGUGGACACCAACAAGCAAGCCGUGCACAAGUGGCUGGGAGACAGCGCGAUGGCGUGUGCGCAAAGCAUCGAGUUGGCGCUGCGCGAAGGGGAUGUGACCGCAGUUUCAAACGUGAUGAUCAGCGUGGAACGCAUGUUGCCGGGGGUGCGGCAGAAGGUGGUGGCUGCCGUGGACAGAGGCAUCAACGAGUUGUGCAGCCACGCCCGAAACCUGUGCGACCGUCGCUCGCAGACCGUCGGGGAUGACUUGCACACCACCGUGGGCACGCUGAUCAAGUGUCACAAGAGUCAUGUGCGGGCACUGGUGGAUCUGGUGCAUGCUCCGCUGAACCUGCUCGCUGCAGAUAUGAGCGACCACGUGAGCCGCGAUGUGAGCCAGUUUCGAGCACAGCUGCUUGUGCUGAGUGACGGGGACAGAGGACGUCUUGGCAUGCACCGUCACCGCGAUCAGCUGUCACCGCAGGAGAGGGCGGCGAUGGAGAUUGCCCGUGGGUUUUUGCACGCAGCGGAAGUUGAGGCGCAGCACAUCAGAAUCUGCGCGCGCCUGCGGUCCAGAGCGCGGUCAAACCAAAGUGUGGAGAGCGGCUACAGCAGUGCAAACGCAUCGGUACUGUCACCGUUGUCAGCGCCGUCCUCUGCAUCCUCCCUCGCAGUUUUCUCUUCUUCGUCCCCCUCCCUGCGUUCGUCCUCCUCCUUCUCCUCGCGGCCUUCAGCAGCGUUAACAACAGCACCUGCUUCGUCGUCGUCAGCUGCCUUUUCAUUCUUGCCGACCGAGUCACAGCGCGCAUCCACUUCAUCGACAUUAGCAGCAACGUCAGCAACACCGCAGUGGACGUGUGGUGAAGUUAUGGCUAGCAGUAUCGAAGACCUCAAUGAUGCAAUGGGAACAUUGGACCAAGCUGUGCACGGCAUCAAGCAGGCGUGCGCUGACCGCAACUACAAACGCGUUGCAUCACCAGGCGCGCAGGAGGGGGACAUGUUGCGUUUGCUCCUGCAUCAGUGCGCCGUGCUUGCUGCGGUGUCAAACCUCAUGUCACGGCACGGUGCGCGGCUCAUGCGGCUGACGGGGUCUCCGAGCGCGCCUGUCCUUGGUGUGGACGACGCUGCGUGGGAGGCGUGCAAGGGCGCAGGCGAGCGUGUUCGAGGCACCCUGAGCGACCUACUGCAGUUUACGCGUGACCAAGUCGAGGACGCCUUGGAAGUGCAGGUGGCAGACGCGGGCGCCCUGCAGGAUCUGGAGCCGCAGGCUGUGCGCAAGGCGUGCCUUGUGCUCCAAUCCGCACGCUGUCUCGUCAGGCGCGUUUCGCCGCUGGUGGCGGCAGACCCCGUGCUUGCAGGCAGCGGUGCCGAUGGGAGCAUGUUUGCUGCCGGUGGAGCAGACACCAGCGGCGGCACUGGGGGCGAGGAUGACGCGGCACAAGGGCCACUGGCAGAAUAUGCCAGGCAAUUGGAGCAGCACGUGGCCCAGCAGGCGGACGUCUUCUCGCAGAUCCUAUGCAUUGUGCGCCGCCCCGCAAUGAGUGGCGACAACCUCGGCAACGAUGGCGAUGUUGAUGAUGAUGAUGAUGAUGAUGAUGAUGAUGAUGAUGAUGACAGUGAUGAUUGGGGGGACAGUGGUGAUGAUGACGAUGACUGGGGCGAUGCUGGUGACCAGGACGGCAGCGGGGAGACAGGUGGUCAAGGGCAUGCUCUGGGCGAUGCGGGCGCUGGCAACGAAGCUGGCCACACAACCUCCAAGGUAGCCAAGGCAGCAAAGGCAGCCAAGACGAAGGAGCGCAGCGUGUUCUCUCGCGUGCAGGAGAGUGUGUCGUACUUUUGCGACAUUUGUGAGCAGAGUCGGGAGGCGCUUGGGGAAGAUCCGUUGUACGAGCAGAUCCAAGCACGCCACAAUCAGCUCAUGGGUACCCUUCGUAGCAGCGACAGCAACGCCGCCAACGUCGUGUCUGCGCUUCUUCGCUUGCAGGCGCUACGGAAUGCGCUGUUUGAGGCACGCCGCGCCAUCACCACAGACAUCCGGUCGUUCCUGGACACCGAGGAUGAUGCUGGCGAAGGCGGCGAUGGAGAGAGUAGGCGGGCGCAGCUGGCCAGCCUGUUGCUCGAUAGCCCCGAUAUUCGCCCGGAUCUUCGCGAGUUCUUUGUGCAGUCGUUUGGUGAUGUGCUGUUCUGAGUGUGAUGUGUAGGUGUGUGUGUGUGUUUGAGAAGAGGGAACGCAAGUUCAGCCAUGUUUCGUGUUUC